AUGGAAGUCUUUGCAGCCAUGGCCUCCUCCUUUCGUCGUCUCUCUUCUCUUCUUGUUUUCGUUGGUUUCCUUUCCCUGCUCCGCCCCUGCGCUUGCUACAACCGCAUGAACUCGUCCGACACUGACUUGGCCAUGUCGCCGGCUGUAGCCACCUGGUACGGGGCCGCCGAAGGCCCUGGAAGUACUGGUGGCGCAUGCGGAUAUGGUGAUGGGGUUGCCAAGGCUCCGUUCGAUUCCAAGAUAUCAGCAGGUGGUACUUCGCUGUACAAAUCAGGCAAGGGAUGUGGUGCUUGCUAUCAGGUUGCGUGCACGGCGAACCCUGCAUGCUCCGGGAGUCCGGUGACCGUGGUCAUCACGGACCAGUGCCCCGGCGGCCCGUGUGCUUCCGACUCCGUCCAUUUUGACCUCAGCGGGGCUGCCUUCGGGGCCAUGGCGAAGCCUGGCCAAGCCGAUGCGCUUCGCAGCGUGGGCUCCAUUCAAAUACAAUACGCCAGAGUGCCCUGCAGCUACCCGGGCUUUCACGUCGCCUUCAGGGUGGACGACGGAUCCAACUCAAACUACUUGGCCGUGCUCCCCGAGUUCGUAAAUGGGGACGGCGAGAUCUCGGCCGUCGAAGUGGGGCAGGGGAGCUCGUGGACGCCCAUGCAGAAUUCGUGGGGCGCCCUUUGGAAGCUGAACGCGCCAGUGCCUGGUCCAGCUUCGAUCCGGCUGACCUCCGCCGUGUCGAGCAAGACCAUCGUUGCCACCAACGUCAUCCCCGCGGGUUGGAGACCAGGGGCCACGUACUACUCCAACGUCAACUUCUAA